AUUCAUUAUCUAACAGUAGAAAAGAUAUAUCUUCACAUAAAGACAAUUAUAACAUCUUCAUAGUAGUAUCCACCAUAUUAAUUUCAGGGAUAAAUAUGUUCAAAUACCGCAACUUCAACUGCACAUGCCAUAAAGCAAGUUCCUAACUACCAUCCCCACACUAAAAAACUAGUGUAAAGAAAACAAAACGCAGCAAACAAGAAAUGGGUUCAAUCCCCUCGGAAGAAUUCAACAGUUCCUUCCACGCACUUCUAUUCCCAUUCAUGUCCAAAGGCCACACAAUCCCCCUCCUCCACUUUGCCCGCCUCCUCCUCCGCCGCAAUUUCUCCGUCACCCUCUUCACCACCACCGCUAACCGCCCCUUCAUCGCCGACUCUCUUUCCGGCACCGCCGCCUCUAUCGUCACGCUCCCGUUCACAGUCUCCACCACCAACAACGACAUCCCGCCCGGAAUAGAGAGCACGGACAAGCUCCCAUCCAUGUCCCUCUUCUUCGAGUUCGCCAUGGCCACCGCCUCCAUCCAACCGCACUUCGAGCAAGCCCUCGAGACCCUGCCACGUGUCAGCUUCAUGGUCACCGACGGGUUUCUCUGGUGGACCCUACAAUCCGCCAACAAAUUCCACAUCCCGAGGCUCGUCUUCUUCGGCAUGAGCUGUUAUAGCGUCAGCGUCUUUAGGGAAGCAGGGAUGCAAGGAAUAUUCCGUGGGCCCCAACCUGACGACGAGUUAGUCGAGUUGACUCGGUUUCCAUGGAUCAAAAUCUGCAAGGAAGACUUGGAGCCAAGUUCCAGAAACGCCGAACCAGGGAGUAUCCCUUACGAGUUCAACGUGAAAUUGAUUGGAGCCUCGGUCAACAGCUACGGCACUGUGGUCAACAGUUUCUACGAACUAGAGCCUCUGUUCGUUGACUAUUUGAAAACCACGAAUACUUCUCAUAAGUAUUGGUGCGUUGGUCCGUUGUGCCUCGCUGAUGACGUGGGUAGUUUUUCGGGUACGAAGGAACCGAAAUGGAUGACGUGGCUGCAUCAGAAAAAGAAGUGCUCGGUUUUGUACGUGGCUUUUGGGUCACAGGCGGAGGUUUCGAAUGAAGAGUUGGAGGAGAUAGCGAUGGGGUUGGAAGAAUCCAUGGUGAGUUUCUUGUGGGUGAUAAGAAAGAAGGAUUGGGUUCUACCAAAGGGGUUCGAAGAGAGGGUUGAAGGGAGCGGGAUGGUGGUGAGGGAGUGGGUGGAUCAACGGGAGAUACUGAAUGAUGAGAGAGUGGGUGGGUAUGUGAGCCACUGCGGGUGGAACUCGGUGGUGGAGAGCGUGUGCGGCGGGGUUCCGAUGGUGGCGUGGCCGAUGAUGGCGGAGCAGCACGUGAACGCGAGGAUGGUGGAGGAGGAGUUGAAGGUGGGGAUUAGAAUGGAGACGUGUGAUGGGAGGGUGAGGGGGUUUGUGAAAAGAGAAGGGGUGAGCAAGUGUGUGAAGGAGUUGAUGGAAGGGGAGAGAGGGAUUCAGUUACGUCAGAAUGUUAAGGUGUUGGCUCGGAUAGCUAGGAUGGCUGUUCAGGAAGGUGGUUCCUCUUGGUCAGCUUUGGACCAUCUCAUUCAUGAGUUGUGCUCAAAGAAGUAGAACAAAAUAUAUGACUGGAUAAAAUCAACAACCUACUCUAGCAACUCUAAAAUUUAUUCAAUUCAAGUAAAAUAUAUUACAUUUUAAAUUAUUCUCAAGUAAAUCUUAAUAUUAAAAUAAUCAUCUGUACACUUACUGAAUUGAACAUCCGACUAUUGUUCACAUUAUUUAAUAUUUUUAUUGUCUACCUAUAAUUGCUAGAAGAAUUAUUUUUUACAUCUUUAUGACCUUAAUAAAAAAUUUUAGUGACUUGAACAAACCAACCUCUAAACGUUCUAAUUUAUCCGAAAUAGCUAAGGUAUUGCUAACAAAGAGUGAAAUUCAAUCAAACAGUACGUAGUUCUACCUGGCCAAAAGAAGGAAUUAGGAAGAGGUGGUAUUAAGUUCGAGAGGUUAUCUAUAUGGAUGCAUGGUUGAUUUGUGAUAGGCGCAGUAAUUAGCUGCUGGAAGCAUGCAAAUUAAAAGGACAGCAGCAAUGAUGCUGCCAUUGUUGGGUAGGAAGGAAAUGCAUAAGGUAGAAGCUGGUGAUGAACAAAAGAUGGUGAUGCCAAUUUAUAAUUGCUGGUGAAUGUAUGUAUUCCACAUUUCCACUAACAUAAUUCUGAUUAUUGAUUUAUUGCAACACUUAGUCCUCUCUUAAAAAAUGUAUUUUUAUUAUUUAUAGCCUAAACAGUAUGUGCAGGUGCAGUCUUAUUUUAAAAACGUUUGAAUUUUUUUAUCAUGCAUUAUAUCUUA